UCCACUCGAAACCAGACCCCUGCGCGCACAGAGAGAGAGAGACUCUCCCGCACGCGCACAUACCUCUCGGCUCUGUAACCUUCACUUCCACGAAGUGGACGGGAGGAUUCCCGAUCGCCGAUCGGCGGCGAUGGAGCCGGAACCCCCGUCGCAGCAUCAGCAGCAGCAUCCGAAGCGUCAGCACCUGGCGGAGUUCCUGGAGUCGCUCUCCGACGACAGCUGCCGGGCCGAUCUCCUGCUCAAGCUUCGCUCCAGUGCUUCGGCCAGGGCGGGGCUCGAGGUUCUGUAUUCGGCCCUCAGGCGCGGUGUGGAGCCGAUCGGGGAUGAUCGGAGGUUCAGGCUUCGUUCCUGGACCGAUUCGCAGGUUCAAGCUGUCUUCUCCGUCGCCUCCUCCGUCGCCUUCGCUUGUCGAUCUCUGUCAGUGGACCAUGUGGAGCCAGUUAUUGUUGCAGUGGUGCAGCAGUCGCUUGAGUUUGCUGUUUGUUAUUUGGAGCAUUCAGAUAUUGAGAGAGAGGAUUUUAGUUUGCAGAAUAUUGCAUUGCAGCUGUUGGAGAUAGCAUUGAUUGAUAGCACGGAUAAGAUAUGUGAAGUUUCUCAACCUUCUUCGGAUGAUGACACUAUCAACUUCUUGUUGGCGGUUGCUGAUAAUGCAGCUGAUAUGGAGCUGGACAAGCAUGUUAGAUGCAACCAUCAAGGUUGCUGCUCAGGAGAGAAAUCGGUGGAUCAUUUUGUGAUGUCAUUGUCGCCUGAAUUCCUUCAAUCUGAACGGCAGAUCUUAGGAUCGACCUCACCUUAUUUUCCCCGAAGUGUGAACAAAUUGAUGUUGCUGUCUCAUCAUUGGGCUGUUGCUCACGUACAAAGUAUUAAACGGCUCAUUUUGCUUUCUAAAAAAUUGGUUGAACUUCCGUAUGAUGAAAAGACAGCAGGUAGCAGCUUUCGCAGAAGAAUCUCCUUCAGUUUGAAGAUUUUGAAGUUACUCGGAAAUUUGGCACAGGAUGUCCCGUAUAUCGACUUUGAUUCAGCGUUGUUGGAGGCUUGUGCUUCAUAUGCUGAUAUACUACCUAGCUUGUUUAAGCUGAAGUUUGACUUCUUGAGUAGUUGUAAUAUCAUCGAGGGUACUUUUGAGAACCUCAUCCUGUCUCUGUUGGAGGAGUUUCUUCAUCUUCUCCAAAUUAUCUUUAGUGAUGAUAGUACUUUCAGAAACAUACAGGCAUCCAUAGUGGCUUCUGUAUUGGAUGAUUUAGCAUCUACUGAAUGGAAAUACAGCAAAUCCGCUACAACUAUAAAACCUCCUGUAGCUUACUUCCCUCGAACUGUUGUUUACAUGUUAAAGCUCAUCAAUGAUAUCAAUGGUGAAACAUACCAGCCUUUUGGUUGCAAGUGGCCUAGUCAAGAAUAUGCAGCCGAUUCCCCUUCAUGUAGUGUUCAUGCUGGCAAGAUACCUUUGCUCGGGAGGCUCACAGUUGAGGAACGGAUGAAAUUAAUAUUUCCUCCGUCUGGUCAGUGGCUGGACGGUUUGAUUCGUCUUAUCUACUUCUUGUAUUCUGAAGGAGCAAAACAAGGGCCCAAAAUGGAAAGAUCGUUCUCCAGUUGCACAAAAGCUAGUGUUACCUCUGAAGUAGAAAACGCCGCUAACCAUGAAGACGAAGCCCUCUUUGGCGAUCUUUUCUCUGAGGGCGGUCGCUCUAUUGGUUCCACAGAAGGAUAUGAUCAGCUACCUGUUUCCAAUAGCGGCGGUUCCAGCAUCUGCAAUAUGCCUGUUCAAGCGGCUUCCGAGCUGUUAAAUUUUCUCAAAGUUUCUAUUUUUUCUCCUAAGUGCCAUUUUUCUGUUUUCGAGGAUGCCUGCAGAAAGCUUUGUUGUGAACAUAUUGACAUCUUCCUCUCCAUUCUCAACUCCCACUUCUCUAAUUCAGAAGAUAAGGCUUCUGAAGGCUCUGGCAUUUCUCAAGAAGAGAGAAAGAUGGGACAGGUUGGGAAACUUUGCUUUACUCUCCUGCAGAACCUUCUGAUUGGUCGUGCUUUGUCAGACUUCUUAGAAGUUUACCUUGUCGAGCAAAUUUUGAAAGUUGAAAAUGGUAUGUUUGUUUACAAUGGUUGGACGUUGACUUUGAUGGCUAAUGCACUUCUCAGUAGGGUGGGUUUGUCUGGUAGGCAUUUGAGAAACAAGAUAUAUAAGGAUUUUGUUGCUUAUAUUGUCGAGAAGACGGAGAGUAUUCAAACAAAUUGUCCUGGACUAAGGGAAAUCCUUGGAAGUCUUCCAUCUACAUUUCAUCUUGAGAUUGUUCUUAUGACAUUCCAUCUAUCCACCAAAGAAGAGAAGUCAGCUUUGGCCACAUUUCUCAUCGCGUCACUUAAAGAGAUAGGUGCUUCAACCACAGAUUAUACCAGCAAGCAGUUAUCAUGUUGGGCUUUAGUAAUUUCUAGGUUGAUACUUCUUGUACGUCAUAUGAUCUUCCAUCCACAUACCUGUCCCGCAACACUGCUGUUAGAUCUGAAAACAAAGUUGAGAGAUUUUCCCGCUGGGUUAUGUCCAUCAGAUGAUGUAAAUGAUUCUUGGGUGUCAGUUGCUUUGAAGAGUGUAAUGUUUUCAGGGGUUGAGGAAGAGCCUUCCAUGAGUGGCUUGAUCAACCAAAUGGUCGAUACCAUGAUGCUUCCUUCUUUUUCUAUGGAUGAUUUGUCUGUUGACUGCUCGUGGAUGAGUUGGAGUGAAAUUUUUGAAUUGUUCUCUUGGAUAUUGGGACUGUGGAAGGAUAAGAAAGCUGUAUCAGUUGAAGAUUUGGUCAUUGAGAGAUACAUGUUCUUUCUUUGCUGGGAUUUGCCCACCAGGAAUUCCAUGCUGGACAAUCUACAACCUCUGUGGCGUAACACAGAAGAUCUGGACAUAUGUGAUAUGGGAAUCUUCUUUCGGUUCAGUCAUGUAGUUUUGGGCCGCUGUGAUGCUGUUGUUAAGGAUAUGAAGUUCCCUAGUGUUGUCUCAUGUGUGUUGGAGCAAUUGCUUGCUUUACCCUUCCCGGAUAAGUGUACUGAGAUAGACUGGAAUUUCUUGAGAUGCGGAAUGUGGUUGUCGCUGAUGCUAUCCAUACUCAUUAGUGGACUUCUGAGACAUGGCAUGCUUGACGGAGUAUCUGGAGUGAAUCCAUUCUUGACAGAUGGCAUGUAUGAAGGAACUGAUUUUGUCACUGCUGCUGAAGUACUGAUUAGCCAUAUGGCUGAGGCUGGCAAAUUGCUGCCGCUGAUGAGGAUGUUGUCUUCAUUGUUAGACAGAUACAUAUGUACUCUUCAGAACGCUUUCAUUUCUGCCCUAGGUAAUGGCCAAGAUUGGGAUGGCUCAUUUUCAUCUCUUCUGCUUCUUGUACAUUCUGGAUUUGAUAAGCAAAUACAGGAUGAGAUCCUCAUCAAGAGUGGAGUUAAUUCAAGCGGGCUAGACUAUGUGCUUGAGUUGUUAACAAAGAUAGAUGCAGUUGCUAAUAGAAGUUGUCCAAGGAUUGGUUCAAAGGUCCUUCGGGAAUUCAUGUUACAUGGAUUUCCUUCCCUUCCUUCUACCUCUGGGGCAGUCUUCCUUUCUUGCAUUCUGAACAUUAGAGGAAUCAUCUUUGCUCUGGAUGGUUUGCUCAGAGUAAAAGAUGGACAUCGAAAUAUUCACCCAGAAAGUGAAACAGUUUGUCAUAUUCUUGAUUCAGUUAUGAUUAUAAACUUCAACCGGAUGUUUGAUUGGCUUCAUGGGAAAUGUGAAGCUAUUUUCAACAGCUUGAGUGUAGGGGUGAACGUGUUUGACUAUUCAAGCCUAUAUCUAAUGAGGCAAGUGGAAGAGUUUUUGGGUAAUAUUAGCAAGAGUGUAGUGGGAGACAGCAGCAUCCUUGAAAGGGUAAUUGACAGAUUUGUCGACAUCUUGGAUAGCAUGAGGAAAGACCCUGGGAAAUCUUCUACUUUGAAGCUUUAUCUCGGAAUUGAGGUUGUUACGGCAGAGACUGAACCUCAUGGAUUGCAACAUGGUGAUUUGAUGAUUUUGAUCAAUGCUUUGGAUUCCUGCUACUCUGAAUCUGUAAAUGUGAAAGUUUUGAAUUUCGCAAUUGAUGUCUUGUCAGGAGAGCUCUGCUCUGAUCUCUUCAAACAAAAACUACAGCAGAAGUUCCUUCUUAUGGAUUUACCUUGCCUGUCUAAAUGGCUGGAGACAAGACUUUUGGGUUGCGUGACAGAAGUGGCCGAUGGUGUCCAUAGUGCAAAAGAAAGUUUGGGCUCUCUUAGAGAUUCAACCAUGAAUUUCAUCUUCUGUCUUACAUCCUUCUCUAGCGAAUCAUUAUGUAGGGACCUGCAUGAUCAUUUCUUUGAAGCCCUGCUGGCGUCACUUGAUGCUGCAUUUUUGGUAUUUGAUGUUCAUGUAGCCAGAUCCUACUAUCAAUUUGUUGUUCAAUUUGCACGAGAUGAUUCUUCAGUUAAGUUGCUUUUGGAGAAGACCAUACUGCUGAUGGAGAAGCUGCCUCGAGAUGGGCAUCUGAUUUCAGGGCUCAAGUUUGUUAUUGGCUUCCUUGCAACUGUCUUGAAAGAUUGCGGGACCUAUAAGGCCACACUAGAUAAGUCGUCCGGAAAGUCUGCUGGAGCUAGUCUUAAUGUGGGUAAUAUAGCUGCUAAGCAGGUUGGAUCAAGGAGAAAUUCUGACGCAUUGCUGCUGGCUGGCCAAGAAAGUGGAUCCUCAACAUUUGAAUGUGAUGCAACCUCUGUGGAUGAGGAUGAGGAUGAUGGAACAUCUGACGGUGAGGUGGGCAGCAUGGAUAAGGAUGAGGAAGAGGACAGCAACAGUGAAAGGGCACUCGCUUCUAAAGUUUGUACUUUCACAUCCAGUGGCAGCAAUUUCAUGGAACAACACUGGUACUUCUGUUAUACUUGUGAUCUGAUAGUUCAAAAGGGCUGUUGUUCUGUAUGUGCAAAAGUUUGUCACCGAGGUCAUCGUGUUGUGUAUUCUCGCUUAAGUCGUUUUUUUUGCGACUGUGGAGCUGGUGGAGUCAUAGGUAGCAAUUGCCAGUGCUUGAAACCUCGGAAAUUCACUGGUAGCAGCAACGGACCUGUUAGUCGUUCGAGUAAUCUGCAAUCAUUGUUGCCCUUAUCAGAAGAUGGAAAUCAAAUGCCAGAUAGUGACACGGACCUUGAUGAAGAUCUCAGUGUGGAGGCAGAUAAUUCACUCAGCUUAUCUAUCCCAAGAGACAUCUGUGAUUCGAUUCCUCAGGUUCUUAAAGAACUUGAUGUUGAGGCUAGGGUCCUUGAGAUUUGCACUUCAUUACUGCCGUGUAUAGUUAGCAAAAGAGAGACUAAUGUUUCAAAAGAAAAGAAAAUUAUUCUAGGAGAAGACAAGGUGAUAUCUUAUGGGGCUGAUCUCUUGCAUUUGAAGAAGGCAUAUAAAAGCGGUUCGCUCGAUCUAAAGAUAAAGGCGGAAUACUCGAACACAAAGGAGCUUAAAUCCCAUCUAUCUAGUGGUUCUCUUGUCAAGUCUUUGCUGAGUGUCAGUGUUCGUGGUCGACUUGCUGUUGGUGAGGGGGAUAAGGUUGCUAUAUUUGACGUUGGGCAGUUAAUUGGACAAGCCACUGUUGUUCCAGUUACGGCUGACAAGUCCAAUGUGAAGCCUCUAUCGAAGAAUGUUGUCCGCUUUGAAAUAGUACAGCUUGCUUUUAACCCUUCAGCUGAGAACUAUCUCGCUGUGGCAGGCUAUGAAGAUUGCCAGGUCCUCACUAUGAAUUCUCGCGGAGAAGUCACUGAUCGUCUUGCGAUAGAACUUGCUCUUCAAGGUUCAUAUAUUAGGCGAGUAGAGUGGGUUCCAGGUUCACAAGUUCAGCUACUGGUGGUUACCAACAGAUUUGUCAAAAUCUACGAUCUCUCCCAGGAUUACUUUAGUCCCAUUCAUUACUUCAUGCUGCCUGAUGACACAAUCAUGGAUGCAGCACUUUUUGUGACUUCCCAUAGAAGGAUGUUUCUCCUUGUACUUUCAGAAAAGGGAAAUGUAUUCAGAUUAGAACUAUCUGGAGAAGACAAUGUUGGCGCAAAGCCAUUGAAAGAAAUUAUUCGGAUACAGGAUAAAGAGAUUCUUGCUAAGGGCUCAUCUUUAUACUUUUCGUCCACUCACAAGUUGCUCUUUUUGUCCUACCAGGAUGGGACCUCUUUGGUCUGCCAAUUAAGCGCUGACGCUACGUCACUAAUUGAGGUAUCUUCUGUGUACGAAGAAGAACAGGAUGGGAAGCUCCGGUCUGCUGGGCUGCAUCACUGGAAAGAGUUACUGGUUGGGAGUGGAUUGUUUGCAUGCAUCUCAAGCCUGAAAUCCAAUUGUGGACUCGCUGUAUCCUUUGGUGCACAUGAGUUAACUGCUCAGACAAUUCGUCAUGCUUUGGGUUCAUCCGCACCUUUAGUUGGCAUUACUGCUUACAAGCCUUUGUCCAAAGACAAGAUCCACUGUCUUGCAUUGCAUGAUGAUGGUAGUCUUCAGAUAUACUGCUAUGCUUCUGGAGGAACUGAUGUCAGUGCAAAUGCUACAUCGGAGAAAGUGAAGAAGCUGGGUUAUGGCAUUCUCAGCAAUAGAAUUUAUGCAGGGACGAACCCGGAAUUUCCCCUUGAGUUUUUUGAGAAAACAGUCUGCAUCACAGCUGAUGUUAAGCUUGGUGGGGAUGCUAUACGAAACGCUGAUUCUGAUGGAGCCAGACAGAGCUUGGCAUCUGAGGAGGGGUUUCUGGAGAGCCCAAGCCCUUCAGGAUUUAAGGUAUCUGUCUCCAAUUCAAAUCCAGAUGUUGUCAUGGUUGGCUUCCGUGUGCACGUGGGUAACACAUCUCCGAAUCAUAUCCCUAUGAACCUCAGCAUUUUCCAGAGGGUGAUAAAGUUAGAUGAGGGCAUGAGGUCUUGGUAUGACGUACCAUUUACAGUUGCUGAAUCACUUCUAGCUGAUGAGGAAUUUGUGAUCACUGUUGGGCCAACCUUUAAUGGCUCUACACUGCCCAGGAUUGACUCCCUUGAGGUCUAUGGGCGUUCUAAAGAUGAAUUUGGGUGGAAGGAGAAAGUGGAUCAACUGUUGGAUAUGGAGUCUCAAGUGCCUGGCAGCAAGUCUUUGCUUGGUGGGAGAGGGAGAAAGUACAGGGCGAUGCAGUCGGCUUCUCUUGAGGAGCAAGUUUUGGCAGAUAGUCUGAAGCUUCUAUCAAGGUUCUAUUCGAUUUACAGGGGCCAAGAUUGCCCAAAAGUUGAAGACUUGAGACUGGAGCUUAACAACUUCAAAUGCAAGCAGUUAUUAGAAACAGUAUUUGAAAGUGACAAAGAGCCUCUAUUGCAGGAUGCUGCUUGCCGUGUCUUGCGGGCUUUGUUCCCGAAAAAGGAGGUGUACUACCAAGUCAAGGACAUUAUGCGCCUUCUUGGAGUGGUCAAAUCAGUUGCUGUUCUUUCUUCAAGGCUUGGUGUUGGGGGUGCAACUGCAGGGUGGAUUAUUGAAGAAUUUAUAGCUCACAUGCAAGCUGUCUCUAAGAUUGCAUUGCAGCGUCGUUCAAAUUUGGCUACUUUUCUGGAUAUGAAUGGCUCAGAAGUGGUAGAUGGGCUCAUGCAAGUUCUGUGGGGAAUUUUGGAGCUGGAGCAGCCUGAUACACAAACAAUGAACAACAUUGUGAUUUUAUCUGUUGAACUUAUUUUUUGUUAUGCCGAAUGCCUGACUUUACAUGGAAAGGAGACGGGAACAUGUUCUGUUGCACCUGCUGUAGUUCUAUUGAAGCAACUCUUAUUCUCCUCCAAUGAGGCUGUUCAAACUGCCAGCAGCUUGGCUAUAUCUUCAAGAUUACUUCAGGUUCCAUUUCCAAAACAAAGUCUACUUACUACUGAUGAUGCUAUGGAGACUUCUGCUUCUGGUGCUGUACUGCCUGCAUCAACGGUUGCAAAUAAUCAAGUGACAAUUGAAGAAGAUUCCAUUACAUCAUCUGUGCAGUACUGUUGUGACGGUUGCUCUACAGUGCCAAUAUUGAGGCGUAGGUGGCAUUGCACCAUCUGUCCUGACUUUGACCUAUGCGAAGCAUGUCAUGAAGUAUUAGCUGCGGACCAGCUUCCUCCUCCGCACUCUACAGAUCAUCCCAUGACUGCAAUUCCUAUUGAAGCGGAAUCAUUAGGAACACAUGCUAAUGAAAUUCAAUACUCUGCAGAUGAUGUUGGUGAAUCCAAAUCGUUGCCUGCCACAGCAAAUGUCAGCACGCAGAAUUCUGCUCCUCCUAUUCACAUCUUGGAACCCAAUGAUUCUGAAGAAUUUUCUUCAGCCAGUGACUCUGUUUCAAUCUCUGCAUCAAAAAGGGAGAUGAACUCAUUGCUUAUAUCAGAGCUUCUUGAACAGUUGAAAGGGUGGAUGGAGACAACAUCAGGGAUUCGGGCUAUACCUGUAAUGCAGCUUUUCUAUAGAUUAUCAUCUGCUGUCAAUGGACCUUUGAUAGGCAGCACAAAUCCUGAGAGUUUGAACUUAGAGAAACUAAUCAAUUGGUUUCUUAAUGAAAUUAAUCUGAACAGACCUUUUGAAGCUAGAACCCGUUCUUCUUUUGGGGAAGUAACCGUCCUUGUCUUUAUGUUCUUCACAUUGAUGCUUCGUAAUUGGCACCAGCCUGGCAGCACUUCUUCUGUCCGCAACCAGAGUGAAGCUGCUGAUGCAAAUGACAGAAUUACAUCAGUUGGUGCCCAGUCUUCCUUGGAUGAUCAUGAGAAAACUGAUUUUGCGUCGCAGUUGCUCCAAGCUUGUAAUUCUUUGAGGCAGCAAUCAUUGGUCAAUUAUCUGAUGGAUAUUUUACAGCAGCUAGUGCAAGUUUUUAAGUCUCAAACCCUGAAUUUAGAGGCUUCUCAUUCUACAAGCCCUGGUUCUGGCUGUGGUGCUCUCCUGUCUGUUCGAAGAGAUAUGCCUGCUGGAAAUUUCUCUCCUUUCUUUUCAGACUCAUAUGUGAAGUCCCAUCACAGGGAUAUAUUUGUGGACUAUCACAGGUUGCUGUUAGAGAAUGCUUUUCGUCUCGUGUACACUUUGGUUCGACCAGAAAAGCAUGAUAAGGGUGGGGAUAAAGAGAGAGUGUGUGUAAUAUCUAGUGUUAAGGAUUUAAAGCUAGAUGGAUAUCAAGAUGUUCUCUGCAGUUAUAUCAACAAUCCAGAGACUGCAUUUGUGAGGAGAUAUGCAAGGAGGCUUUUCCUUCAUAUAUGUGGAAGCAAAACUCAGUAUUACAGCAUUCGGGAUGCUUGGCAGUUCUCAAAUGAGUUGAAGAAGCUUUACAAGCAUGUGGACAAGUCCGGCGGCUUUCAGAACUCUGUCUCAUAUGAGAGGAGUGUUAAGGUGAUCAAAUGCUUGACAACUAUAUCUGAAGUGGCAGCUUCACGGCCUCGAAAUUGGCAAAAAUAUUGCUCAAGGCAUGCAGAUGUUUUGCCUUUCCUCAUUGACUCAGUAUUUCAAUUUGGUGAAGAGUCUGUCAUUCAGACUCUAAAGCUGAUAAAUUUGGCCUUCUACUUUGGAAAGGACAUGAAUCACUCCUCACAGAAAGCUGAGACAGGAGAUGCAGGAAUAAAUUUAACCAAAUCUGGUUCACAGUUUGUGGAAACUAAAAAGAAGAAGAAGGCUGAUGAUGGAAAUGACCCUGGUUCAGAAAAGUCUUACAUGGAUAUGGAGGCAGCUGUAGAUAUAUUCACUAACAAGGGUGGCGAGGUUUUGACACAGUUUAUCGAUUGCUUUCUAUUGGAGUGGAAUUCAAGUUCUGUGCGUUCAGAGGCAAAGUGUGUUCUUCAUGGAAUCUGGCAUCACGGUAAACUGUCAUUGAAAGAAACCUUGUUGAUGUCUCUAUUACAAAAAGUGAAGCGCCUCCCUAUGUAUGGUCAAAAUAUCACUGAGUAUACGCAACUUGUUACAAUGUUGCUGGGAAGGGCCCCUGAUGCCAGUUUAAAGCAGUACUCUCAGGAACUUGUGGACCGAUGCUUGACGGUUGAUGUGAUUAGAUGCAUCUUUGAAACACUUCACUCGCAAAAUGAACUUUUGGCUAAUCAUCCAAAUUCACGCAUAUACAACACGUUGAGUGGUCUAGUUGAAUUCGAGGGUUACUAUCUUGAGAGUGAACCUUGUGUUGCUUGCAGCUCUCCCGAGGUACCUUAUAGCAGGAUGAAGCUUGAAACCUUGAAAUCUGAAACAAAGUUCACUGAUAACCGCAUCAUAGUGAAGUGCACUGGGAGCUAUACCAUUCAGACUGUUAGCAUGAAUGUUCAUGAUGCACGUAAAUCCAAAUCGGUGAAAGUUUUGAAUCUGUAUUACAACAACCGACCUGUGGCUGAUUUGUCGGAGUUAAAAAAUAAUUGGGCUUUAUGGAAGCGUGCAAAAAGUUGUCAUCUCACUUUCAAUCAAACUGAACUUAAGGUGGAAUUUCCGGUUCCAAUAACUGCAUGCAAUUUCAUGAUUGAGCUGGAUUCCUUCUAUGAAAAUCUUCAAGCUUUGUCCCUUGAACCAUUGCAAUGCCCACGUUGCAGUCGACCUGUGACAGAUAAGCACGGGAUUUGCAGCAAUUGCCAUGAAAAUGCUUAUCAGUGCAGGCAGUGCCGCAACAUAAACUAUGAAAAUCUGGAUUCUUUUCUAUGCAAUGAAUGUGGGUAUAGCAAGUAUGGUCGAUUUGAAUUUAAUUUUUUGGCAAAACCAAGUUUUACUUUUGAUGAGAUGGAGAAUGAUGAAGAUAUGAAGAGAGGGUUGGCAGCUAUUGAAUCUGAAUCAGAAAAUGCACACAGGAGAUAUCAACAGCUUUUGGGGUUCAAGAAGCCGUUGAUGAAGAUCGUAUCAAGCAUUGGUGAGAAUGAAAUGGACUCUCAGCAGAAGGAUUCUGUCCAGCAAAUGAUGGUGUCUUUGCCUGGACCAUCUUGCAAAAUAAAUAGAAAGAUUGCUCUUCUUGGUGUUCUAUAUGGUGAGAAGUGCAAAGCUGCUUUUGAUUCUGUUAGCAAAAGCGUUCAGACGCUGCAGGGGCUGCGUCGAGUUUUGAUGAAUUACUUGCAUCAGAAACAUUCAGAUAGUUCCACACCUGCAUCCAGAUUUGUUGUCUCCAGGUCACCGGGUAAUUGUUAUGGUUGUGCAACGACUUUUGUGACUCAGUGUCUUGAGAUUCUGCAUGUGCUUUCGAAGCAGCCUGCUGCUAAAAAGCAGCUUGUUGCUGCCGGUGUCUUAGCUGAGUUGUUUGAGAACAACAUUCAUCAAGGUCCAAAAGCAUCUCGUAUUCAAGCUAGGUCUGUCCUGUGUGCUUUUUCAGAGGGUGAUAUGAAUGCAGUCUCUGAACUAAACAGUUUGAUACAUAAGAAAGUCAUGUACUGUCUAGAACACCAUCGCUCUAUAGACAUUGCACUUGCCACUCGCGAAGAAUUGUUCUUGCUCUCUGAAGUGUGCUCGCUGACAGAUGAAUUUUGGGAGUCAAGAUUGCGUGUGGUGUUUCAGCUAUUAUUUUCUUCCAUUAAGUUGGGAGCAAAGCAUCCUUCGAUUUCAGAGCAUGUUAUUCUUCCCUGUUUGAAGAUUGUUUCCCAGGCAUGCACUCCUCCAAAAUCUAAUGCCGCUGACAAGGAGCAAACUCUGGCAAAAUCAACUUGUCUGAGGGAUGAGAAUAAGUCAAGUGUGUCUGGUUCAUCAGCUGGGGCCAUGAAUGGGAGCAAGUUGGUGACCGAGACUUCGGAAAGGAAUUCAGAUUCUUCAGACAAAAUUCCGGAUAUUCAGUUGGUAAGCUAUGCAGAGUGGGAGAGGGGAGCAUCGUAUCUUGACUUUGUAAGGAGGCAGUAUAAAGUGUCUCAAGCAGUUAAGAUUGCUGGUCAGAGAUCACGAACACAGAGACAGGACUACUUGGCUCUAAAAUAUGUUCUUAGGUGGAAGCGACGUGUCCACAGGACAUCUAAAGGCGACUUUUCAACGUUCGAGCUUGGAUCAUGGGUCGAAGAACUUAUUUUAAGUGCUUGCUCUCAGUCUAUCAGGUCAGAGAUGUGCACUCUCAUCAGUCUUCUCUCUGCCCAGAGUCCAUCAAGACGUUGUCGUUUGUUGAACUUGCUGAUGGGCAUGUUGCCUGCCACUCUGCCUGCUGGUGAAAGUGCUGCCGAAUAUUUUGAGUUGCUGUUUAAGAUGAUCGAUGUGGAAGAUGCUCGACUUUUCUUGACUGCCCGAGGAUGUCUAGCUACAAUCUGUACACUGAUUAGACAGGAAGUGGGCAAUGUUGAAUCAUUAGAGACGAGCCUGCAUAUUGACAUUUCACAGGGAUUUAUUGUGCAUAAGCUUGUGGAGCUUCUCGGCAAAUUCUUAGAGGUUCCUAAUAUUAGGGCUAGGUUCAUGCGGGGCGAUCUGUUGUCUGAGGUUCUUGAGGCUUUGAUUGUCAUCCGCCGCUUAAUAGUGCAGAAGACGAAGUUAAUAAGUGACUGCAAUCGACUGCUGAAAGAUCUUUUGAACAGCCUUCUGCUUGAAAGCAGUGAAAAUAAACGGCAGUUUAUCCGGGCAUGUAUAUGUGGCCUGCAAAAGCAUCGAGAGGAGAGAGAAGGGCAAACCAAUUUGUUUGUCCUGGAGCAACUGUGCAAUCUUAUCUGCCCGUCAAAACCAGAUUCUGUGAAUUUGUUGGUUUUGAACAAAGCGCAUACACAGGAGGAGUUUAUUAGGGGAUCAAUGACUAAGAAUCCGUAUUCAAGUUCUGAGAUUGGUCCUCUGAUGCGCGAUGUUAAAAACAAAAUUUGUCACGAGUUGGAUCUUGUUAGUCUUCUUGAUGAUGACUUCAGCAUGGAAUUGCUAGUAGCGGGAAAUAUAAUAUCACUUGAUUUGAGCAUUGCUCAAGUAUAUGAGCAAGUAUGGAAGAAGUCCAGUAGUCAGUCCUCAAACACCAUUUCAACCACCACUUUGUUAUCUUCUGGCACUGCAGCUUCCGGAAGAGAUUGCCCACCAAUGAAUGUGACAUAUCGCCUUCAGGGAUUAGAUGGAGAAGCAACAGAGCCUAUGAUAAAAGAAUUGGAAGAAGAUAGAGAGGAAUUUCAAGAUCCAGAAGUUGAGUUUGCAAUAGCAGGUGCUGUGCGUGAGUGUGGUGGGCUGGAAGUUAUUUUGGACAUGAUCCAGCGAUUACGAGAUGAUUUCAAGUCCAACCAAGAGCAGUUAGUAGCAGUACUUAACCUCCUGAUGCAUUGUUGCAAAAUAAGAGAGAACAGACGGGCUUUAUUGAGGUUGGGAGCUCUGGGUCUACUUCUUGAAACAGCGAGGAGAGCUUUUUCUGUGGAUGCCAUGGAGCCAGCCGAAGGCAUUCUUCUGAUUGUUGAGAGCUUGACUUUGGAAGCAAAUGAAAGUGAUGAUAUUAGCAUCAAAGGAAGUGUUCUUACUGUUAAUAGUGAAGCAACUGGUGUGGGUGAACAGGCGAAAAAGAUAGUUCUUAUGUUCCUGGAAAGGCUGUGCCAUCCUGUGGGCAAAAAAUCAAACAAACAACAAAGGAAUGCAGAGAUGGUUGCAAGGAUCUUGCCCUAUUUGACGUAUGGUGAACCUGCUGCUAUGGAAGCCCUUGUUCAGCAUUUCAAUCCGUUCUUGCAAGAUUGGCACGACUUCGACAGGCUGCAGGAACUCCAUGAAGACAAUUCAAAGGAUGAGAUGAUUGCUCCGAAAGCCACAAAACAAAGGCUCACCGUAGAAAACUUUGUUCGAGUAUCAGAGUCACUGAAGACAAGUUCCUGUGGGGAGAGACUGAAGGACAUGAUCCUUGAGAAGGGCAUAAUUGGUGCUGCAGUUGAACAUUUGAGGAGAACGUUUCCCUUUGCUGGACAAGCUGGUUUCAAAUCCAGCGCUGAAUGGGCAUCUUCGUUAAAACUGCCAUCUGUCCCCCUCAUAUUGUCCAUGCUCACGGGAUUGUCAACGGGGCAUCUGCCUACACAGAGAUGCAUUGAUGAAGGAGGGAUCUUGCCUUUGCUUCAUGCCCUGGAAAGGGUCCCAGGAGAAAAUGAAAUUGGAGCUAGGGCUGAAAACUUGUUAGACACACUGUCUGAUAAAUAUGGUAGUGGAGAUGGAUUUCUUGAAGAGAAGGUGUGUCAGCUGCGGCAUGCCACUGAAGAUGAAAGGAGACGCCUAGCUUUGAGGAAGAGAGAGGAAAUGCUCCAGGGACUUGGUAUGAGACAAGAACUUGCUUCUGAUGGUGGGGAACGAAUUGUUGUGGCGCAGCCUGUUCUUGAAGGUUUGGAGGAUGUAGAGGAAGAGGAGGAUGGGUUGGCAUGCAUGGUAUGCCGGGAAGGAUAUGGUUUGAGGCCGAAUGACAUCCUGGGUGUCUAUUCUUACAGCAAACGAGUGAAUCUUGGUGUCGGUUCUUCAGGAAGUGCUCGUGGGGAUUGUGUUUAUACAACCGUUAGUUCAUUUAAUGUCAUUCAUUUCCAAUGCCAUCAGGAGGCCAAAAGAGCCGACGCUGCUCUCAAGAAUCCUAAGAAAGAGUGGGAAGGUGCUACCCUUAGAAACAACGAAUCUCUCUGCAAUUCUUUAUUCCCACUUAGAGGUCCGUGUGUUCCAUUGCCUCAAUAUGUCCGGUAUGUCGAUCAUUACUGGGACAAUCUCAACUCUCUGGGACGUGCUGAUGGGAAUCGUCUUCGACUAAUUACCUACGAUAUUGUUCUGAUGCUAGCUCGAUUUGCGACUGGGGCUUCUUUUAGUGCUGACAGCCGAGGUGGCGGAAGGGAAAGCAACUCCCGGUUCUUGCCUUUUAUGAUCCAAAUGGCCCGUCACCUUCUUGAUGAAGGGAGCUCUUCGCAGUGUCAUACGAUGGCAAAGGCAGUGUCCACGUACCUGUCAUCAUCCGCAGCAGAGUCCAGACCCUCCACUCCUCCUGGAGUGCAUACCUCUGGAGGAACUGAAGAUACCGUCCAAUUUAUGAUGGUGACAUCUCUUCUAUCUGAGUCUUACAAGUCCUGGUCCCAACACCGCCGCGCCUUCUUGCAACGUGGAAUAUAUCAUGCCUACAUGCAGCGGACUCAUGGGAGACAGUCGCGUGCAUCGCCCGACGUGAUCACUGCAGCUGCUGGAGCAGAUACAGGGUGUUGCAGCGGGACUGCGGGAACUGGGGGAGUCAACGAGCUGUUCUCCACAAUCCAACCGAUGCUCGUCUACACUGGUCUGAUCGAACAGCUGCAACACUUCUGCAAAGUCAAGAGGCCGGCCCAAGCAGGACCAGCUCGAGCCGAAGGCACCUCAUCCCCUUUGGGAGAGGAGAGCAUCGAGAGCUGGGAAAGCGUGAUGAUGGAGAGGCUGUUGAAUGCGAAGGAGAUGAUGGGAUUCUCCAAGGAGCUCCUCUCGUGGCUCGAUGACAUGAACUCUGCCUACGAUCUGCAGGAGGCGUUCGACGUGAUGGGUGUUCUGGCUGACGUAUUGUCAAGUGGAUUCACACAGUGCGAGGAGUUUGUUCAAGCGGCAAUCGACGCGGGCAAAAGCUGAGACGGCAUUCUAGAGUAUCCAGUAUUGUAUCUUUAUGUACAGCGUAUUGCGAUUGUGCUUCCCAAUGUAUGUUGUACACCAUUUCACAGAACUCCCCUAGUCAUCCAAUCAUUACACCUCCAAUGGAAGUGGCUUGACGAGAA